GUUUCUUGGCACCCUUGUUGGAUGUAAACUGACCAUUAAUGUAUGGGUUUGUUUGGACUUCUACUUCAUUCCAUGUUUUUUAAAAUGGUAUUUAUGACUCUGUCACUUAGUGUAUUACCUUCAUCGUUGGUUUAACUCUUUGUAUCUUAGUUCUCUAGUCUUUAAAAUGAGUAAAAAUAGUAAGUACUUCAUGGGAUUACUGUGAGGGUUAAAGGAGAUUAUAUGUGGGAGGAGAGUAGAGCCGUGCCUAGUUUGUAGAAAGCACUCAGUAUGUGUUACCUGUCGCCAUCACCACCACCACUGUCCUGGUCGCCAUCAUCGUCACUAGCCCCACCAUAAAACUGAAAUGUGAUCUAAAUUAUGUCAUUUGUCAGAGUGAACCGUUACAGUCCUCGGGGAGGGGGAAGGAAAGCACUGAAAGUCAAGAAGAAGAAAACACCAGUGAAGCAGGAAUGGGAUAAUACUGUGAAUGAUCUAACAGUUCAUCGGGCAACACCUGAAGAUCUGAUACGUCGUCAUGAAAUACACAAAUCAAAGAAUAGAGCAUUAGUGCACAUGGAACUCCAAGAAAAAGCUUUGAAGAGAAAAUGGAAGAAGCAGAAACCGGAAAUUUCUGUUCUUGAGAAAAGGAGAUUGUCUAUCAUGAAGGAGAUUCUUUCUGAUCAAUACAAGAUGCAGGAUGCAUUGGAAAAAUCUGAUCAUUUGAUGGCUGCAGCCAAAGACCUGUUUGUUGAUUUCCCUCGUAGGCGCACAGGUUUUCCGAAUGUAACAGUGGCUCCUGAUUCCUCGCAGGGUCCCAUUAUAGUAAAUCAAGACCCUGUCACCCAGGCCAUCCUUGGGAAAUCUGUCGUGGAGCCACAGGCUCUUAAUGAAGUAGAUGAUGAGGAAGAAGAACCUGUUAACAGCCAGUCAGAAGAAAGCGAGAAUGAGUUGGAUAACUCUUUAAACUCUCAGUCUAACAUGAAUGUAGACAGGUUUCUUCACCAACUAAAAGAAGAUAAUUCUGAGUUAAUUAAUAAACUGUGGGCUGAUAUUCAACAUAAAAUAGCAACACAGUCUCAAAUACCAAGCCCUCCAGAAACUCCAUCAUCUGCCUCUCCAUCAGAAGGACAAAAAGCUGCUCUGAAUGCUACCAAUGCAGUUAAGAGAAUCCACACCAGGCUUCAGCCCGAGGAAUCCACUACGUCUGUGGCCUCCAGCUAUGCUGUGGGACAAGUGCUCAACUCGAGGAAGCAAACACAGCCAUUGAAUAAAGUGAAAAGAAAACCGGAGUCGCGUGUUCUUUCUAAGCAGAAGAAAAACAUGUUAUCAGCUAGCACAGCCUCCACAGACUUAUCAAAUAGCAAUAAUCCCAGCCUGGAUGUCCUCAAACACAUGAUACAUGAAGUGGAAUAUGAAAUGGAAGAGUAUGAGCGAUCGACAGGUCGUGAGGUCAAGGAACCGCAGAGCAGCCAGGGUCUUACAGGCUUCACUCUGUCGCUGGUGAGCUCCCUCUGCCGCCUGGUCCGGUACCUUAAAGAGAGUGAGCUGCAACUGCGUAAAGAAGUUGAAACAAGACAGAAACUGGAACAAGUAUUAGGUGAUCAUCGAGAGCUCAUUGAUGCUCUGACAGCCGAAAUUCUGCAUCUUAGAGAAGAAAAUACUGCUACCCAGGUGAGACUUCAGCAGUACAUGGUCACAACAGAUGAGCAACUCAUAUCACUCACACAUGCCAUGAAGAGCUGUCCUGUGAUAAAUAACAACAAGGAAAGUCUGGUAACAGAAAGAAGAGCCACAGGUAGAAUUAUGGAUAAUCCAGAGGGUUCAGUUGUAAAUGCUAAUGUCGCCAUGCCAUUGAUGUUCAGAGGGGAAGAAGUGCUUGAUUUCCCACAGGAAGACUUGCCUGUUAAACUAUCACAGGUGCCAGACCCCUCAGAUGGUAUGAAUCUGGCCAAAAGUUUUCCGGCACACGAGUUUGAGCCGGCUGUGUUGUUAACGCCGCCCAGGCAGAAGAGCAACUCGGAGUUCUCGCCUCUGCAGGAUGUACUGAGGAGGACUGUUCAAACUCGUCCCGCUCCACGAAUUCCUCCAACUGUGGAAGUAAUUGAGAAGGACCAAAAUUGGGAGAAGAAGACCUUACCAACUAACACAGACAUUCAGAAUUCAAGUGAAGAAAGUCAUCUCUUCACUCAGAGGUGGAGGGUCUCUCACAUGGGAGAAGAUUUGGAGACCAAAACCCAGGCUCCUCUGGUUAACCUCUCACAGCCCCUGCGCAGUUCCCUCUCAAACACUCAGCUGCCCAGGAACCCCGCAUUCUCAGAAGAGCCGCUGGUGUUGGGGGAUGGGCAACAGCUUAGAACAAAGGAGGCAUCAAUACAAAGAAAGGACAUGAUGGCACGCAUCGCUGAGCUGACACUGCAGAAUUCAGCUAUCAAGGCACAUCUGAAUAACAUUAUUGGGCCAGGGGGAGAGCAAGGGGAUGGACUUCGGGAGUUAAACAAACAGGAGACAAGUCAUUCAAGCAACUCGACUGCUACUUUUCCAGCAGCGCAACCUCUUACACCAAGCAGCAUGGAGGAACGGAUUGCAGAAUUGAACCGGCAGAGUAUGGAGGCUCGUGGAAAACUCUUGCAGUUAAUAGAGCAGCAGAAACUUGUUGGUUUGGGUCCUUCCUCUCCACCAGCAUCACCUACCCAGUCACCUCUCACAGCCUGGACUGAUUGGUCACAGAUUCAUGAUUUAAAAGAAGGAGGAAAGAAGACAAUUGAGGUAUCUAUUCCAGGAGCAGAAGCCCCAGAAAGCUCAAAAUGCAGUAUCGUCUCUCCUACCAGUGGAGUCAAUACAAGAAGGUCUUCAGGGGCUACUAGUAAUUCUUGUUCUCCACUAAAUGCCACCUCAGGAAGUGGGCAACUCACACCUGUUAAUCCAAGAGCAAAGAUUGAGAGACAAAAUGAAGAAGGCUGGUUUGCCCUUUCUACCCACGUGUCAUGAGUGAGGUCAAGUUCUACAGCUGCCUCUCACAGUGUGUUCUUGAGCUUCCAUCCCCUUUCGCUGCUCUUGCUUUCCAGUUUUUGUCCUUCUUUCAGAUAAAACUACAAAGAUCUUACAGACCAAAGAAAUAAAGCAAUUAUUUUAUUUUUGAACUUUUAAAUAGAUUUCCAUCAGUUAACCAAACUGUAAUGUCCUGUAAAACUUUUAGCUAUAGGAAAAAUUAAAGUUUCGUAUUCUAAUAUUUCAUAAGAAUUUUAAAGUUUGAGUAAUAUAUUAUUACCCUUUUUCAGGUUUUUUGUCUAAUAUAUCUUUUAUUUUACCCUACCCCCCUGUCUAAUAUAUCUUAAAUAUUGAUCUAUUUGAUUUUUAUUUUCUGAAGAACUAAGUUGCUUUGCAUAUAAAUUAUAACAGAAUGCCUUUGUGUGAUUAAAGUCUGGCUUUCAGAAAAAUUUAACACCUCUUUGUUUUUUUUGUUUUCGGAAAAGUCACGGUAGCCCAUUACUUUUCCAUCAGUGGAAUGUACAGCUUUAAAAAGUGGGCAUGAGAGUAAUCAUUUAUAUUUGCUUCAGCAGGUUAGAGUGGUUGUAUAUAUUGUAAAAUUCUUACAUGGUCUUUAAAUGUGAAAGUGUCACCAGUAAUGGUAACGCACAUAAAAUCAGUAAUGAUCGUAGAGCUCAAAUGUUUCAGUGCAGUAACAAUGACUAAUGGGUGUAUUUAGUAUUUGAAACAAAAUUGAAUAGGAAAAGUUGCUAUCAAUUUUCCUAGCCCUGAGUCUACUAAGCAUUCAGGGUAGGUCUUUCUUUAAGGCCAAUUUGGCUGUUUAAGGCCAACAGCCAUACAUACCUCUGUUUGGCUUUCAGACAUUGGUUUCUAUUUUAAACUUGGUUUUUGAAAUAUUUACUCCCUGGCUGUGUAAUAGGAAUUCCCCAUCUAAGUGAGGUGGUUAUGGGGGGGGGGCAGGGAAGCACACUGCAACUAUGUAUUUGGGGAACACUUUCUCGGAUAAGGGAACCUUCCCUUCUCCUGCAGUUGUAAGUCUGUGUUCUCGGAAGUGUCUGAUGCAGCUUCCUUUUGGGCCUCUUCAUUGUUAUAGCCAAAAAUAAUAUUAUCUUCUUCUGGUACCACUGAUCUUAUUUACAUAAAAUCAUCUGUAUCCAUUUGCAUUAUUGCAAAUAAUGCAAAAUUCCCUCAUCCAUAUUGCACUUUUUG